AUGACGGAGCUCCCGAUGCAAGAAAUGUCUCACAUGGCUGCUUACGAGCAGUACCCUUACGAGGGGCAGCAGCAGGACCAGUAUGGCAUGCAAUACAGUCACACCGGACAGAUGGAAGCAGACUAUGUCAUGGAGAACGAGAUCGUCAGCCCUCGGGGCGAGCAGCACACACCCAUGGUCGGCUUUUUCAGCUCCAAACUCCUGCGCACCGGAAUCACCUUACAGUGCACCGCCCUCGCGUUGAUGUUCAUUUUCUACUGGGCCUUCGGCGGCAAUGGCAUCUUCGUCUUCGAUCUCUACGCCGCACCCGAGAGUGUGAAGAUUUCCAGGCCCUUCCACCUCACCGUCUCCUCUCUGAUGGCGCUCUACUUGCUGGGAACUUUCUACGUGGCGAUGUUCCAGGUCUUCGUUUCCGACAACUCGAAGGCUGUGCGCGGAUUCAGGGCUGGCUCCAAGAUCCUCAGCGCCGCAGUGACGCUUGACCUUAUCUCCUCCAUGCUGAGGCUGGUGCAGUACAUCUACGCCUACUUCUACAUGAGCAUGAAGUGGUGGACGCGUUACCAGCAGACCAAGGCCGACUGGAUCUUCUUCCAGUUCGGCAGCUUCACCAACAGCUUCGCCCUGGUGAUGUACGGUGCGGCCUUCUUCUACCUAGAGGCAUACCACGACGAGGGCACCUCCGAAGAAAUUGCGUGGACCAACCUGGUUCUCUUCUGCCUUGCGGGUCUCACUGAGCUGCUUAUGGUCUUCACCGGCUACGGUGCGCUGUUCAGCCUGUUCCUGCUCGCCGCCAUCAUGAGCGCCACUGUCUGGAGUUUCAGCUUCGAGCCUUUGCUGGAGAAGUGGGCACCUUCCCUGCACUCGCGUGAUGUCAAUGCCGACUUUGCCGAUGACGCCUAUGAACAGGGCUACGAGCCUGCAUCGUACGUCCAGGAGCAGCCCGGUUACUCGCAGAUGCCCUCCCAAAUGGAUGGAGGAGCUUACUACCAGACUGAGUAA